AUGACUGUGUCGCCAUUGCUAUUAGCAGCAUGUACGGCCCUCAUACUGUUCACCACUUUUCAAAUCAAAGCCGGGGCCAUCCUGGACAAGCUAGACCAGACCGUGCACCCGUGCAAGGACUUCUACGAGUUCGCUUGCGGCCACUACAUCCGGAGGACGGUCCUCCCGGAGAACAUCCACGCCAUGUCCGUCAUGCAGAACAUGGAGGACGAAGUACUUAUGCUCAUCUAUCGUGCCUUAGAGUCUCCCACUCUGUACCGUACCGGAGGCUCACUCAUCAAAGCUAAGAUGCUCUACGAGACUUGUAUGAACAGCGACACUCUGGAAGACGACUCUGUGCGAGUACUCCGCCAGUACCUGUCGGAGAAUGGCGUCGGCCACUGGCCCGUUCUCGACGCUGAUUGGUCGUCGGGAGACAUGAACCUGGAGUGGCGAUUGGCCAUGCUUUUCGUGCACCACGCUCCCGUCUUCUUCCACAUGUACGCGGAUGCAGGACAAUCUAACUCCGAGUACAUACUCAACGUAUAUCCGGCGUCGUCUCCCCUGGGGUCCAAAGAAGUGUCCGGCAUGGACCGAGAGCGAAUUUUCGAGGCUUACCACAAGCUCCUCAUCGAGACACUCAGGCUGCUGGGGGUGGCAGAGGUCAGAGUGCAGGCCGAUUCCUUCGACAUCAUCGGCUUUGAACUUCAGUUCUCCAUGAUCACGAAUAUCUCUCAGCAGUGUUCAUCUCAAAAAACAAACGAUUCAAAUUCGGAUGACAGCAAAUUAUACAACAUGACGGUGGACGACCUAGAAUACCACAUUCCACAGAUCAAAUGGAGCCGGUUGAUGACAUAUGUUUUUAGGAACCUAGGCCUUCCUAUUGACACUUCCAGCCUCUACGUGCAAGUGCACUGCAAACAAUAUUUCCAGCACUUGGGAACACUGCUGUCGAACACCAAACCCAGGUCUCGUCUUUCGGUAUCGACGCUGGCCAACUACAUGUCCUGGAAGUUCGUCUUGAGCUACAUGUCCUUCAUGAGCAUGCCGUUCAGGCAGAUCUUCCAGGACUACACGCUCCUGACCCCUGAGCUGCGCCAUUCCAAGCUGAAGACGUACACUUCAAGAUGGAAAGGCUGCGUUAGCCUCGUCAGUUCCUGGUUUGGCAACGCGAUCGCCGCCUACUACAGCAAGAACGGAUACCCCACAGAAGUAGAGGAAAAGGCAACAGCGAUGGUCGAUUCUUUAAAGAAUACAUUCAUGGACAUAGUGUCAUCAACAUCUUGGUUAGAUGAAGAAUCGAAGAAUGUCACAUUAGAAAAGGUAUGA